AUGCAAUAGAUUUCCCCAGAGGUUGAACAAUAUCUUUCUGAAUUAUUGAAGCCUGUUCUUGAAAGAGUGGAUGAAUUAAAAAUAAGAGAUCAAUAAAAUGAAGACUAAAUCAAUUCACUUGUUCAAGAAUUGACUUAGUUAAAACAAUUGGUUGGCACCCUAAAGCCUUUAAAAUAAGAUGAGGAGAAAAAACAAAUAAAGCAAGAAUAAAAGAAAGAUAAUAAUGGAAAUCAUGAAAACAAAAAACAGGACCGUCCCACAACUGCUGCUGUCUAAAAGAUUGAAUAAAAUAAAGUAAAAGAGCCUCGACCUUCAACUGGCCAAAAACAAUUGAGUUAAAGUGUCAUCGUAGAUAAAACAACAACAAAUGAAGUAGAUAAAGUGCCUUUGAAAUCUCCAAGAGAUUCAACAUAAAAGCAACCAAAACCCCAAGGAUAACAAUAAUAACAACCUCCUUAACCUAAACCAAAACCUUAAAAAUAACCUGAAUAAAAAGAUACAAAAGAUUAAAAAGACUCUAAACCACAAGGUUAAGAAUAACCCUAAAAAUAGGCUUAACCUUAAAAAGAUGAAAAAAAAGGGGAGAAGCCAAAAUAAACUAAAUAAAAUGCGGCCGUUCAACCUGAAAAGACUGAAAAACCAAAGGAAGCUCCUAAGAAGACAGAUAAACCAUAAGAUCAGAAACCUAAUGGUACAGCAAAAAAUUAAGGAAAACCUAAUGAUAAAAAGGCAGAACCUAAAUAAGACGAUAAAAAAAUAAUAAAAAAAACAAAAUAACCAACUGGCCAACCUGGAGGUUAAUAAUAAACUGAUGAAUAAUUCUAAUAAUAAUUAUAAGCUUCUCAAGUCAACUAAGAACAAUAAUCUGCUGAAAAAUCAUCAAAAGAAAAUCAUUCUGAAUAAAAUGAAUAACAUUCAGAUAAUCAUUAAGAAAUUACAAACAGUGAAUAGGUUGUUGAAUAACCCCCAUAAGAGUAACACCAAGAGGAACAUUAGGAGGAAUAAAAUUAAUUUUAACAUCAAGAAUAAAAAGAAGAAGAACAUUAAUAAUAAUAAGAGGAUUAAAAUUUGGUUAACAAUCAACCACAAGAGGAGUCAUAGGGGUAAUAAUAAGAAGUAAUUUGA